CCUUGACAUCAUUGUAUACAUUAGAUACGUAUUACGUACAGAAAAUGCCUUUAAAAAAGAAGGGAAAGAAAAAGCCUAAAUCAGCCAAAAGAAAGGAAGACAAAGCCGAUGCCAUUCCCGCAAUAGAUGGAGAUCCAGGAACAUUGAUUGCAGAUGGCACCACUGAUCUUGGGAAGGAGGGGAAGAAAAAGAAAGGGAAAAAGAAGAAAGUCAAAAUGUCAAAGUCAGAAAAAGUUUUGGAAAAACUAGAGAAAUCAGCAGAGAAACUGAAAGCCCAGAAAGAUUUUUACCAUGAUUUUAUUCAAGAAAUGGAUUCUUGGUUAGUGCGGAAUGCAGAACAGGUUGUUAAAAUGUUUGAAGAGUUUGAUGAAGAUGGAGAGAGUAUCAUCACAUAUGAUGAUUUCAAAUCAGGUAUGUAUGAUAUGGGAUUAACCUUAAACGAUACACAAGUGCAUCUCCUGGCCAAGCUAUUGGAUAGAGACAACAGUGGAGAAAUUGACUACACAGAAAUUUCCAAAGGACUGCAAUAUGCCAAAGAAUUAGAAGAGAUGGAUAGGGAGCAAGAGGAAGCAGAGAAAAUCCUAAUUGUUAUGCCAAAGAAGAGUGAAAAGUGUCCUCAUGGUUGUAAAAUGGGAAUAGAUCAACCUUACAGAAACAAAAAUCCCAAAUACAUUUGGUUGGAAUUAAGACUUGUGACUUUCGAUCGUGAACUCAAAAACCAUCCGGCACACUUGGAAGUGAUGGUCCAAUCAGAUGCCACGAUUUACAGCAUACUGCAACUCAUCAACCAGGAAACCGGGAUUCAUUCCACAAAGCUAUCGGUGUUUUCUGACGAGACUCGUAAUCGGGAGGCAGUGUUGGUUGCGGAGUCGACUCUCCAGGAACUAGGAUAUGAGGGAGACUCGUACGACGACCCUCAGGAAGUGACUCUGUACUAUGACUACAAAGUGGAAUUUACAGAGUGUCCGAUCCUGUUGUGUGAUCACUACCUAAGAGAUAUGUUAGAUGACUGAAUAAUCGAUGGAUGUCCAACUUCGCAUAUUAUGUAGUGAUGCUUGAACCUCUCUCAGAAGUGUGAUGACAAAUGGAAUUUCCCCCCCAAAAAUACAUACAUGUAUCUGAGGUUUUGAGCAAAACAGUGGAUUUAUAAAAAUGCGCGACACCAGGUUUUUGAAACUUUGAUCAGAAAUGAUGAUAAUGUACAGAGUUAGUCUUUUAGUUUAUGUUUUUUCCAUAUUUACCAAAUUGAUCGAUGCCUGACUCAAUGAUUGAUUGUUCUUGUUCAGAUAAUAUUUGUAUAUAUAAAAUCAUGUGACCGAAACCAAUCUACUAUAUCCAAAUGUAGGUGCUGAAUUUGGUAUAAAUGGCAGAUUUAUUUUAUUAAUAUCACACCAAAUACUGUUAUAAAUUAAAAUGUAAUUCCCUUGUUUCAAUUUAUAUUAUUUUGUAUGAAGAUUUAUCAGAUUUAUUUAUAUCUAUUCGUAUAAAAAAGAUUAUUUUGUUUAAUUUAAAACUAAA